AUGAAUGGCAUCGAAAGCGAACCACUGAUCGGAACCGUUAACACUCAUAUGUCUGACAACAGACCACUCUUUGGCGAUCGGUCCACGAAUAGGGUAUCCAUGAGAUCACUGCAUCGCUUCCCACCACUAAUCCAUUGUCUUAUUGUCUUCAAGGAUCGCAUAAUAAGUUUGUCACUCUUCUCGGUCUGUGGCCUCUUGCUGUUGAUUGCGAUCAUAACUCUGGUUACCAUUAAAUUCAAUGCCAUUAAUUUGAUCACAAUUUUGGUGAUCCUAUCGUUUGUCGCAUCGCACGCUCUACUCAUCCAAUGGUAUCGAUUGGGUGAUUUGGAUCCCAAGUUCAGAUACCUAUUGCUGUGGAAUUCGGUGAACAUCUGUGUGCUCUGUAUUGUAGCCAUAGUUUACUAUCACUUCAGUAGCAAAUAAUUGCUUGCAUUCGCUAUGAGAAAUACGAUGAUAUCAUCCGCUCAUAGUCUUCAUUCGUACAAAACAUGUGAUAAUAAGCCAUUCAUUCCCAUCGUUUACCGAAAUGAUUAUGACAUCUAUUUCUUCAAAAUCGAAAACAUUCAUCCGUUUGAUACGAAAAAGUGGGGCAAAAUUGCCCACAAUUUGCGCCAAUACUUUCAAACUAAAUAUGGCGAUCAUUCGGGAAACGAUUUCUUCAUCUCCCCAUCGCAUAGCAUAACAAAAGACGAGUUGUCUUUAGUUCACACCAAAGGUUUUAUUUGUCGAAUGCAUUGCUCGCCGCUAUCGGUGGCCAGAGCUGCCGAAGUCUGUCCACUAAUUCUGUGUCCCAUUUGUAUAAUUGAACGAAAACUCUUACAACCGAUUAAAUGGCAAACGUCUGGCUCUAUUUUGGCCGCAUUUUUAGCACUUAAGUACGGGUGGGCUAUAAAUCUUGGCGGAGGUUUCCAUCACUGCAGCGCCAACAGGGCUCAGGGUUUUUGUCUGUUCGCCGACAUUACGCUAACCAUUAGGUAUUUAUGGCAAGAAGUGAGGCCUGAACUCAAUGUAUUAAUAGUCGACUGCGACGCUCAUGAGGGCAACGGCUACGCCAGGGAUGUGUUGGCAAUGUCUGCGUCCGAACAGAAAAGGGUAUAUAUUUUAGAUUUAUUUAAUCCGUAUAUAUUUCCGGACGAUGAGAAGGCGCAGACAGCUAUCAAUCGGGCCAUUCAUUUGCGGCCCAGAAUUGAAGAUACAGAGUAUUUAGCAUUACUUGAAUUUCACAUAAAGGCUACACUGACUGACGAUCACUUUAUGCCUGAUCUGAUUAUAUACAACGCCGGCACUGAUAUUCUAAGCGGCGAUCCAUUGGGUAGACUCAGGAUAUCUCCAAAUGGAAUCGCAAAACGCGAUGAAAUAGUCUUUCGUUACGCCAAAGAAAAUGACAUUUCGAUAGUAAUGUUAUUGAGUGGUGGAUAUCAGAGGAAUAACGCAGAAGUUAUCGCGAAUUCAAUUCGCAAUCUGUUUGACAAUCACUUUAUAGAUGCCAUCAAAUAAUUACCACUUUAUGGCACUCAACAG